GUUUGCUUUUCCUGCCCAUGUCUUGGUUAUUUGAGGAGAAUAAGUGAGGCCACUGAGAAGGAGAAAAUAGCCACUUCCACACGUGAAAAUACGCUGAAGAAGGUGAGGGACCUCAUGCUUAAAGUAAAGGAGGUUGAUGUUGCUCGGGUCAAAGCCGAGGAGGAGGUUAUCAAAUUGAAAGCUAAUUAUGAAACUUCCAUCAAACAAUUAGUGGAAGCCCAGAAUUCAGCCAAGAAGAUAGUGACGAUGGAGAAAGAGAAAGCUUAGAUGGAGGCUAGGAUCAAGACUCAUGGGGAUGAGCUCCAAAAGGCUUACCUUAAUGGUCAGGAAUAUACGAAGUCAUUUCUGCAGCCCGAGGUUCGGAAGUCCUGCUUCAAGGCCCUUGUGGAUGGGUGGGUGAAUGCCUUGGACGCCUUAAAGGAGCCAGCUGAUUCCAUACUUUGUAAUGAAGAGGAGAUGCCUAUCCUGAGCAACUACUUCCCAGAUGAGGGGGAAGGUAAUGAGGUGGAGGUCAUCGAAGAUAGUGACGAUGAAGAAGACCAACCUGUUACUGAAGAAGGUGAUGGUGAUGGUGGUGGUGACCAACCCGUGGUUAAAGGGGAUGAUGAGGGGAGCUAAUCUACUGUGAA